UUUCACACGGACCCGGAAGUUGGAGCGCGCGGAGCCGAGGUCCCCCAGCGGCGCCUAAUGUUCCUUCCUCAAGCCGAGGUCCCCGAGCGGCGCCUAAUGUUCCUUCCUUAGGCGUAAGGAAGGCGUUCCUUCCAGGACCUCUGAAGACUUGUGUUGCCUGAGGAAGCCCUGAAGUUGAGGAAGAGGAAAGAAAAGGAGUCAGGCAUGGCUCUUUCUCAGGAGCAACUAACCUCUGAGGAUGUGGCCAUUGAAUUCACGCAGGAGGAGUGGGAAUUCCUGGACCCUGCUCAGAGGGCCUUGUACAGGGAUGUGAUGCUGGAGACCUACAGGAACCUGCUGUCUGUGGAUAUCUCUCCUACACAUGUGAUCAAGCAUUUACAACCCAAAGUGAACAGUGAUAAACGAGAGCCACUCCAAACAUUGAUGCUGGGAAGACCUGAAAGCUAUGAAAUCAAACAUUUUCAUCUUUGGGAAACUCAGGAAAAUAUGUGUGACUUUGAGUGUCAGGGGAGAGAUGACAAAAGAAAUUACAAAGGAACACCUGUAAGCCUUGAUGGAAAUGUGCCUGAUGGAAGAGAUUCACAUGAUAGAAAGGAUGCAGGAAUCAAGCCCUUUGGAAACAGGCUUGGGUUUAACUUUCGGGAUAAACUGCAGAUACUUCAAACUGGUGGGAUAACUUCUGAAUAUAACGAAGUUGAGAGGUCUGUCAACAACAGUUUCUCAUUUUCACCACUUCAGAGAAGUCCUCCUUGUGUCCAAACCAGUGUUUCUAAUAUAUAUGGGGAUGAUUUUAUGAAUCCUUCAGUAAUAACACAAGAUCUCAAAGCACACAGGGUAAAACCUUACAAAUGUGAUGAGUGUGGGAAAGCCUGUCUUAAGGGCUCAUGCCUCAUUAAACAUCAGGCCAUCCAUAUAAGAGAGAAAUCACAUAAAUGUGAAGUAUGUGACAAAUUGUUUGAUCAAAGUUCACAGCUUGCACGUCAUUUGAAAAUUCAUUCUGAAGUGAAAUGUUACAAAUGUAAUGAGUGUGGCAAAACCUUUAAUGAUAGCUCCACCCUUGCUAGACAUAAGAUAAUCCACUCAGGAGCAAACUUACAUAAGUGUGAUGUAUGCGAUAAAAUCUUUGGUCAGAACUCAUUCCUUGUAAGUCAUCGGACUAUCCCUGCAAGAAAGAGAAGUUGCCAAUGUAAUGAGUGCGGCAAAACCUUUGCUGACACCUCAAAGCUCAGGAGACAUCAGAAAAUUCAUACAGGAGAGAAAUUAUUUAAAUGUGAUAUAUGUGACAAAGUCUUCAGCCAAAAUGCAUACCUUGCUGAUCAUCAGAGGGUUCAUACUGGAGAGAAACCUUACAAAUGUAAUGUGUGUGGCAAGCACUAUAGUCACUCUUCACAGUUCAGAAGGCAUAAGAGAUUUCAUACUGGAGAGAGACCUUACAAAUGUGAUGAGUGUGGAAAGACCUUUCGUGUAAAGUCAGUCCUUUUAAGUCAUCAGACCGUUCAUACUGGAGAGAAACCUUACAGUUGUGAUGAGUGUGGUAAGGCCUUUCGUGUAAAGUCAGUCCUUUUAAGGCAUCAGACACUUCAUACUGGUGAGAAACCUUACAGAUGUGAUGAGUGUGGCAAGGCUUUUCGUGUAAAGUCAGUCCUUUUAUAUCAUCAGACAGUUCAUACUGGUGAGAAACCUUACAGAUGUGAUGAGUGUGGCAAGGCUUUUCGUGUAAAGUCAGUCCUUUUAAGUCAUCAGACAGUUCAUACUGGUGAGAAACCUUACAGAUGUGAUGAGUGUGGCAAGACCUUUACUUCCAGCUCACACCUCAGGAGACAUGAGAAAAUUCAUACAGGAAAGAAAUCAUUUAAAUGUGAUAUAUGUGACAAAGUCUUCAGCCGAAAUGAAUACCUUGCUGGUCAUCAGAGGGUUCAUACAGGAGAGAAACCUUACAAAUGUGAUGAGUGUGGCAAGCACUUUAGUCAGCCUUCACAGAUUAUAAGUCAUAAGAGAUUUCAUACUGGAGAGAAACCUUACAAAUGUGAUGAGUGUGGCAAAGCCUUUCGUGUAAAGUCAACCCUUUUAAGUCAUCAGACAGUUCAUACUGGUGAGAAACCUUACAAAUGUGAUGAGUGUGGAAAAGUCUUCGGUCAAAAACCACAUCUUCGCCUUCAUUGGAGAAUUCAUACUGGAGAGAGACCUUACAGAUGUAAUGAGUGUGGCAAGUUCUUCAGUCGAAAUUCACACCUUACAAGUCAUCGGAGAAUACAUAUAGAGAAACCUUUCAAAUGUUUCGAGUGUGGAAAAUCCUUUACUCAGGUCUCAGCACUCUCUAAACAUCAGAAAAUCCAUACAUGAAAAAAACUUAGGUGAAUGUGGUAUAUGGUAGAAGUCUUCAAAAUUCAAAGUUCAAACUUCACACCCUACUGUUGGUCAGAGAAUUCAUACUACUGAAGAACCAUACAAAUGUGAUGAGUGUGGCAACCUCUUAGGCUUCAUGAGAAAAUUCAUACUGUAUAGAAGCCAGAUAUAUAUGUAUUUAUUAGUCAGGUGUUUAGAACAUGAAUUCAUUCUAGAAAGAUUCCUCACCAGUUUCACAAGUGGGAAAAAAAAACAAACAAACCCUGUUCUCACAGCUCCCAUCUUGCCAGUAGUAUCAGAGUAUUUAUCCUGUAGAAAACGCACAGCAAUGUAAUGUGUGUGGCAAGGACCUUACCCAAAAGUCACAAGAUAGGAACAUAAUGGAGCCAUACUUCCCAGACUCAAUGGUGUGGCAAAUCUUUACCUUUUUCACUUUAUGUAUUCCCUGAUGACUUUAGUUCAGGUAGUCAGCAACUGUAUUAAGUCCAUAUUUGAAGAGAAGCUAUAGAGAUCUUUUCGUGUAAAAGAAACCUGAAUUUUAACUCCACAAAAAUGAUUCUUUGGGACAGUAAUCCAGUAUCUUUUUCGUCUCCUGGCUUUCUGAAUAAAGUCAAUAUUCCCUGCCCAACAAGUAAUCUCUCAGUUUUUUGGCCUGUUGCAUGGUGAGCUCUAAGAGCUUGGCUUUGGUAAUACAUUGAUCAAAAGCAUUUGCUACAUGUGUUUCAUGAUGGUCUCUGGGAAGGAAUCAGUGAGAUGAAGGGGCCAACUUCAUUAGGUACGAUUCAUUCAGAUCCGUGUUUUCUGGAAAAACACACAGCGUGAAUUAUGAAAUUCAGUAGUGUGUGUGAAUUAGGAACAGGGAGGGCAGAAAAUAAUGUAAACCUAAGACAUGACUCAUCAUGGUCAGUAGCAUCUGGAAGCCUUUCCAUACAUAGUCCAGCCUGUUAUAAAACAUAAUAUUCUACAAACUGACCUUGAGAAGAGUAGGCAAGAUGUUAAAAGGACUGGGCUUUUCGUAGGAGGAGAGGGACAGUUACCAGGGACCAGUGGUGUGCUAGGAACAAUGCAUAGGAAAGGGGUCAUGUUCUCCAUUGGAUAGAAAUAACUGUUGUAUGUAUGAUUAAAGAAGAGUUACUCUUAUCUGUGGAAAUUGAAGACAGAGUUGUCCCGGUCUUUGUAGACUGGGACCUGGGGAUUGGAGUCAACGAGAAGAGGGACGCAGGGGACCCAAGUCUCGAGUGAGACAAGGGUGCUUUAUUUGCAGAAACGCAUGGUUAUGUAUCUUCAUACAAGGCAGCUUUAAGGCAGUAAAAAAAUUGAGCAGAAACAAAGCCAAGCAAAUAAUUCUCUUCAAAGGCCCAGGAAGCAUUCCAUGUUCUGAGUAAGGGGAGCAUAACUGAAUAGAUUACCUUUAAGUAAAAGGUCACUGAAGGGAGUCACUGAAAGGAAUCCAAGCAGGUGCCCUUUCUCAUGAUCUCAGUCCUGAGAACUGCGUGCAGCUCUGCUCUUUCCUGUUUUCCAAGAACUGAUAAGGAAUAGAGAGUCCUUGAGAAAUGGCACACAGAAGAAGAAAAUAACAUAUUGGGUUCCUUAAAGUUGAAUGUCCCCUGACAGUUCACCCUUUUUUAUUAUUUCAGGAUUGGGGGUGACUGUUGAUACUUUUUGUGGAAAAGGCCCUGACCAAUUGAGUUUGUUUAGUUUGAACAAUUUUAGUUAAAGGCAUUGGUUUAUUACAAGUGUAAUCACCAGGAUGAUUAUCAGUGUUAAUAGUUCCAGAUGCAAUACUAUGUGUAAUGCCUUGAAACCAUCUUCGAGGGUCUAGCCCAGAUAAUUGAGCAGCGAGCUGUUCAGCUAAGGUUUCCAAAUUGUUGGAAGAGGGAAGACUCUGAGAGAAGGUUUCAAGGAUUUCCUUUUGCAGCAAUUGUACAUGUAAGGAAGCAUUGUCAUGUAUAUUUUACAAAUGAAAUUUGAUUUGUUCCGAAUUGUAAGCACUAUGGUUGAACCGAAGAGGAGUGAUACAAAAUUGAGUCGAAUUCCAAUCAAUUUAAUAAUACUUGUUUUUGUGAAUCUAUUAAUUGAUCUCCAGCCCAUUGGAUGGCUGUUUUUAAUUCCUGAAUUUUAUCUUGAAGUUUUUCGUCUAUCUGAACCUGAGUGACCCAUAUAGUAUGAGCAUCUUUAGUCCAAUUUUGAAUAAAGUUUUGUCUUUGAUUUGAA